GGAUAUUUUAACUAUAAAAAGAAAGUGUUCGGCGUACACCUCAUUAGAAUUUGGGUUUGAACAGACACCUGGAACAUCGCUACAUGGUCACGAUGAGGCGGGCUUCCCCGAUGUUGCUGCUUCUUCUUAUUCUUCUAAAUGUUACACUCCAAUGUAUUGGUGAGGAACUUCCAUUGUGUUCGGGGAAAUUUCGAAAUAAGAAAAAGAGAUCAAUAACGUCAGAUUUCCAAAGAUUUCGACGAUCGCCUUUGGCCAAAUUUGACCCAUGUUUCGACCACAUCACACUUCAAGACGACGGAAGAAGAAGCAGUAAAGUUAAACUUGAAGAAGAUGAUUUACCGGUAUCUGACCAAGAUAUGACAGAGGGGUGGUAUCUAUUAAAAAGUCCUGCUGGUAAUUAUAUAUCUCGAGAUGACCGUUUGGACCUUAGAUCUUGUAGCACCUCCUACCCCAUUUGGUUAAAAGAACCAAAAGUUGAUCCCCUGGUGGGAGACGUUGUACAAGGAAUUGCAUGCCAAUCUAGCCGGACAAGAUAUUGUGCCAAAGAGAUUCCAAUCCAUGUAAAAACCUGCGCCCCAACUGGACAUAUCAAUGAGCCGUUUGUUGUGUAUUAUUUAACAGCGCCCACUAUUGACAAAGCUGCGUACUGUAUAGGAGAUAAAGCUAGAUGUGCUGAAGGUACUGGAUCAAUAACUGGAUUUGAACCCUGUAGAACUGGUGAAUUUCCUAAGUCUCUACCAGAUCCGGUGGUAAACUACAGAACGCAUCUUUGUGAGAGGGAUGGAGAUAGGACAGCAACGUAUACGGCAAUUGUGUUUACAUGUGCUGUUAAUACACACGAACAAGGCAUAAACUUUGAUGUGUGGUGGUAUAUGGAUGACCAAAGGGUGAAAGAGGAAAGAAACAUACCAAAACAUAGAAUGCCAGCUAAAUUAUAUGAAGACGAAUGGAUUCCAAUUCGGGCUCAAGGAGAGAAAGGAAUGGGUCAAACGAUUCACUGUAGAGUCUCUGGGAAGUAUGCUGAAAUAGGCGUCGCCGGUCCACUAAAGAUAAGUCAAAAUUUGGAAAUAGGGUUUGGGAUUGACGUAAAUACAAGGGUCAUAAGGGUGACUGAGAAUCAAGAAAAAAACAAGGAUACAAUAAUAGUUCGACCACGACUUCCCAUUCUUUGCCCCCCUGAUGUGGAGGACGAGAGUGAGUGCGACUUACAAAUAGAACUACGUGCUCCUGAUUAUGCUAAACAUAAUGGGAAAUGUUCUGCUGAUGACGACAACAGACAGAUUGUUUUUCCGGGUCAUAGAUGCCGAAAAUAUAUUGAAUAUGAUAGCGUAAAUUUCAACGUUAAGAAGAACACGCUUAUAGACAUCCAAGCUGUUACAGAUGGACGAACAGACGGAGAUUAUGAUGGCAUCAUUAAGUUUGACAUUCGUGUACACCAUAACCAUCCAGCCUGGAACUAUUACAAGUUUCCACCAAUACAGAUAACAGUUGUGGAUGAGACACCGAAUGUGGUUGGAAAAAUAUGCAGAUCAAACAAUGAUCCUCACAUGAAAACAUUCGAUGGGAGGAGAUUUGAGGCCCAUGUCCCAGGCGAGUACGUUAUGUACCAAAACAGAAAAAUGUCUCUCCAGAUAAACGGGUUCUAUAAGAAAUGCCGCAAUACUAGAUCUGGACCAACAUGCAACUGUGGAAUUGCCGUAAGAGCAGGAAGAAAUGUAUUCAUAAUUGACGAAUGUGCAGGUAACAAGCAAGAAAUUAUAAACGGGCAACCAAAUCCCAUUUUCAAGUCGGUGAGAAUUGGACAACUGGGCUGUGAUAAUGACAUAUUAACAGUCAAUCGAGCUGGAAGAACAUACACGAUAAAACUACCCUCUGGGACUAAAGUUACCUACAACACUAAUUCCAUACAUAUAACACCAACUUUAAAUGAUUGGAGAAGCACAGAAGGACUUUGUGGGACAUUAAAUGGCAACAUAAGAGAUGAUUUCAGAAAACGUGAUGGCUCUUAUGUUUACAACGAUGAUACUCCCUAUAUACGGGCUUACAAUGACGUAAAAAUGAAAGAAUUUGCGGAGUCUUGGAAGGUACCAAAGGAGGAUAGGCGUGGGCUUUACAACCCGGACACUUAUCAACUUGAUCCUAUACAAGAAACUGUAGCUUGUGGCUGUGAGAAAAAUGGCGGAACGGAUAUUAUUAACUGUGGGCUUUUCAAAGAAAACAACAUAUGCGAUACAUUAGAUGGUGAUCGACAGACCAUUCAUUAUGACAACUGUAGAAAAAAGAGGAGCACUACAUUCCAUGAUUUCGUAGAUGAUUUUGAUGAAAUGUCGACUUUCGAUGUUGAUUCGCCAGCAUACGACUUUAGAGACGAGAUCGUUACUCCCUUAGAGGGUGAGUGGCGAAAUGGUUGGACCGAAGAAAGUGCUACACUAUAUUGCAACGAAUUGGUCGCAUCCUCAAGAAUGACAACUAUGUGCAUUGGUCUGCAGAACGUCCAUGUUGAUGAAGCAGUGGACAUGUGUAUAAUUGACAUUAAGAUAUCUGGGGAUACAAUAUUUGCACCAACUGCAUUGGAUAUUAUUCAAACUGAAUGUAAAACAGAGAUGGGAUUCAACAUAAGUUUGUGGACACGUGACGACAGCAAGAAUUUUACAGGGCCACCAACGGAUAUAGUUGAAACACUUUGCCCGAGUAACUGUAAUUUACAGGGCAUUUGUAUUAACGGUAAAUGUGAAUGCUAUGAAGGACUGGAAGGUGACGACUGCACUAUAAAUUCAACUGCUCCACCAGAGGCAUAUAAUAUACCUCAACGAGCCUUAUGUGACCUUCAACGAAGACCUUGCCUACAGACACCUGUGGCUGGCGAAAAUUUCUUAGAAUCCGAAUCUUUGACAUGCAGAAUCCAGUUCACUACGUUUAAUGGAUCGCAUUUCACACCCUCGGGAUACAUACAAAAAACCAAGGCAGACUACGAACAUUAUCAACAAAUACAUUGUCCUCUGCCAAAUACCAGGGUGAAGCGUAGAAGUUUGAAGACAAAAGAAAGUGCCGCUCCACGGGGAUACAUCGUCAGUGUUAGCAAUAACAAGAUACUAUACAGUCUACAGGAAUUAUUGUUAACAGUUUACGACUCUAAAUGCCACGUAUGCCCUGAGACUGGAAAAUGUACUUGGAAAGAAAACAUCUGUGUGAUAGAUGGCAAAUGUUAUGAUGAGGGGGAGUUUCCUCAACCAGGAAAGACGUGUCUUGUUUGUAGACCUGAAUUAUCAACAUCUUCUUGGACAAAAGUUGGCAACACAUGUUUGAUAGAUGGAGAUUGUUUCAAUCACAAUGAAGCAAGGUUUGAUGCAAAUUGCCUGCAAUGUGAUACUUCGGUAUCUGAAACGCAAUGGACAAUGAAGGAUGGAACUUGCUACAUUAAACACGGAGAAGGGCAUAGGUGUGCCAAUGAAAACGAAAGCUAUCCUGACCAAGAAUGCGCUAAAUGUUUACCAGAUUUAAAGGCGACUGAGUGGAGCAUAGAUGAUAAUUCAUGUUUCAUUAAUUCAGUGUGUCGACAGAAUGGUUUCAUACAACCACAUGCAAGUUGUUCUUCUUGUGACUCUAGCAAGGAUAAAACAACAUGGACGAUGACGGAUGGUAAUUGCUACAUUGAAGGAAGAUGUUAUAUUGAUGGUACAAAAGCCACCCCAGUAUCGUGUCUGUAUUGUGACGCUUCAGAAUCCACACAAAAAUGGUCGAUCCAAGAUGGCUCUUGUUUCAUUGAUGGCCGAUGUGUAAAUGAUACCACUACACACAGUGUAGAUACUUGUAAAGAAUGUAGAGCAGGAGAGUCACAAAACGCCUGGUUGACUAAGGUCGGAAGCUGCUUCAUUGACGACUUGUGUUACGCACGUGGAGCUACGAAUGGACGACUCAGUUGUAUGAUCUGUGAUCCCAAUCACAGUACAUCGUCAUGGAUACAACAGUCAAAUACUUGCCUUAUUGACAACAACUGCUAUAACGAUAGACAAGAUUCUCCUCAUUCGACAUGUCUACAUUGUUCCCCAUCUGACAAUGCAUGGGUCAUGAAGGAGGGAAGGUGCUUGAUCAAUGGGUUCUGCUACAAAAAAGAUGAAACCUCACCUGUUGAUGAUUGCAAGAUUUGUCGACCAGGCGAAUCAACCGAUGACUGGAGUUUCAAUUCAAAUAGUUGCUCAACGGUUGAUCAAGCUCCUACAACAGUCAAAGAUGGACACAGUUCAGGUCUCCCAUCAGAUAAUCCUGCUACGUCAACAAAUGCUAUAGAAGCUUCAAGUCCACCGUCAAGGGAUCCUACAACGACAGCUAAUGAUGAACAAGCCUUGAUUAUGGCAGGUGGUCCGUGUGUUGCUGGUGAUAUGUUUAGAGAUCCCGCCGAUUGCUCGAGAUACUUGAUGUGUAACCACGGCACAUUCAUCUCCAUGCCAUGUGCACCUGGGACACGAUUCAACAAUGAUCUCAAAGUGUUUGACCAUGCUGCAAAUGUCCCAUGUCCUUGAACUGUGCGUGAUAUAUUGUAUCUGUGUUAUAAUAAUGGAAAAAUUUCUGUAUCAUUUCAAUUACAAAUGCUACUUUUGGAUGAUAGCAUCUUAGAUCUAGUACACAACUUUAACAACAUUAGCAGCUUAUACACGGAUUGUAUAUUGUAUUUAAUAUUCAUAUUUAUUUGGAGACUUAAUUUAAACAAUGAAGACUUGUGGGCCAUAAUGCAGGCAAGACAUUUUCUACAUCAGAGAAAUAUCUGAAAUUAAUGAAGCAAAUUAAAAGCUAGUUCAAAAGUUGCUGGGAAUGUUU